AUGGCGGGCGGUAACAUCAAGGUGGUGGUACGAUGUCGGCCUCUCAAUUCCCGAGUAGAACUGACGAGGGGUGCGAAGGGGUUGAUCCGGAUGGAGGGGUCUCAGACCAUCAUUGACCCACCAGAGCAAGCCGAGUCUAGCAGAUCAGCGGGCAAGAAGCCUAUGGUUUUCUCAUUCGAUAAGUCAUACUGGUCUGCCGGAGCUCGCGACGAGCCUAACUAUGCUAGUCAGAGCACGCUGUAUGAUGAUCUCGGAGUCGAGCUGCUGGACCAUAGCUUUGAUGGCUUCAAUACUUGUAUCUUUGCCUAUGGGCAGACUGGCAGCGGCAAGAGUUACUCCAUGAUGGGCUAUGGUGCGGACAAGGGGAUCAUCCCCCUCACAACCGCGGAGCUUUUCAACCGAGUCGAGACCCGGACGAAGGAAACGCCAAAUCUGUCGUACACUGUCGAGGUAUCCUACAUUGAGAUCUACAACGAGAAGGUUCGAGACCUACUGAAUCCGCGGAAUAAGGGGAACUUGCGCGUCCGAGAACAUCCGUCUUUGGGGCCGUACGUGGAGGAUCUGAGCCGGCUGGUGGUGGAGGACUAUGGGCAAAUGAUGACUCUGAUGGAUGAGGGGAACAAGGCUCGGACCGUCGCCUCCACAAACAUGAAUGAGACGUCAUCUCGAAGUCACGCUGUCUUCACCGUUAUCGCAAGGCUGACCUCUCAGUUGACUCAAAAACGGCAUGAUCCACAAACGAAUAUGGUGGGCGAGAAAGUUUCCAAGAUCUCGCUCGUCGAUCUCGCUGGAUCCGAACGACAAGCAUCUACCGGCGCGACCGGCACCCGACUCAAGGAAGGAGCGAAUAUCAACAAAUCCCUCACUACCCUAGGAAAGGUCAUCGCUGCGCUUGCCUCCGCCAGCUCGGACAAAAGGAAGCGGAAGGACGAUCAUGUCCCAUACCGAGACUCAGUCCUUACCUGGCUAUUGAAGGAAUCGCUCGGCGGCAACUCGAAAACAGCCAUGAUCGCUGCGAUCUCACCGGCGGACUACGAGGAGACCCUCUCGACUCUGCGCUACGCUGACGCAGCGAAGAAGAUCAAGACCCACGCGGUGGUCAAUGAGGACCCGAACGCCAAGCUCAUCCGGGAGCUGAAGGAGGAGCUGGAUACGCUUCGCUCGCGCAUAUCAGCGGGGAUGUCUGAGGAGGCGGCGUACGACCCCAGUGUGCCGCUGGAUCAGCAGAUGGUGACGUUCCGUACGAAGGAUGGGGAGGUGCGGAAGGUGUCCAAGCUGGAGUUGCAGGAUCAGCUGCAGGCGAGCGAGAAGUUGAUGGAAGGGUUGAAUCAGACGUGGGAAGAGAAGAUGGAGCAGACGAGGGCCAUACAUACGGAAAGAGAGAAAGCGCUGGAGGAGAUGGGCAUCAGCAUUGAUAAGGACAUGGUCGGCGUGCACGCUCCCCAAAAGCACCCAUCUCUGGUCAACCUCAACGAGGACCCAUUGAUGUCGGAGUGCCUUGUCUAUCAGCUCAAGCCUGGACCGACCGUCGCCGGCAGUCCCGAUACCGCCUUAGCUCAGAUUCGCCUCUCAGGCUCUCAUAUCCUCCCGGAGCACUGCACAUUCACCAACAACGCCGGUACCGUAUCCGUCACUGCCGUCGAGGAUGCUCGGAUCUUCGUCAAUGGCAAGCGCAUCCCCGCCAACUCGCCGGUCAAGCUACUCAAUGGCUUCCGAGUCAUCCUAGGCGACUUUCACGUCUUCCGAUUCAACGAUCCAGCUACAGUCCGGAAGGAGCGGGAACAAAUGGCGACGUCUACGAGCAUGGAGGGGAUCAGCGGGGAGCUGACUCGGUCUGAUACCCCUUCUUUGGCGGCUGGGGAGAUGAUGGACUGGAAUGCAGCCCGGAGGGAAAUGGCGGAUAUCGAAAAGAUGGGGGAUCAGGAUCUGGACAAGCUCUUUGACGACAUCGCAACCAUACUUUUGGUGAAGCUGACCGUUCAGAUAAAGGUCAGAACGCUACGCGGAAAGCGGCCAGAAAGCCGCGCCGACAUCCUCGGUGAUAUGGAGUCCCGCCAGAUGACCCCAUCGCAGACGGAGGAAACGCUCGAUACCCUCGGCAACCCGUGGGCUGGCGCGAUGGACACGACCGUGACUUCGCUGAGUAUCGGGACUCCCCAGAAGCCCGAUUUCGCCGAGGUCGAGCCCACCGUCAUUGAGGCUGGGGCGGAAUACGGGAGAGCGCCGAGUCAAAGUGCGGAAGACUCAGCUCUGGAGCAGCAGCACUUGACGAAGCAGCUCAAGACGCUCGCGCAGGAAGUGAAGCGGAUACGCUCGCAAGCUGCCAAAGCGAGAGCGCUGGAGCACGUCAGCGUGGAGCCGAGCAACUGGACUGCGAGGGAGCUGAGACUCGUCAAGGGGGCUGUGAAGCAGUGGAGGCGGUUAAGGGGAUACGUAAUAGCCGAGCAGAUACUAUGUGGGGCAGUCAGUCUACGAGAAGCAAAUGUCAUAUCUACCCAGAUGGACAAGCGAGCCUCAUACAACUUUCUUGUAUCAGGUGACGCGAUACCCACCUCAUCGCUGGACGGACUGAGCGGUGUUGUGGAGUUUGAGGAUGUUUCCAGCGCGGGCGGAGCGGAAGAUGGGGCCCGGUUGAUGGUCAAGGUGGUCGACAGGAACGCAACAGCUGUGUAUGCCUGGGACUCGGCUCGCUUCACCUCGCAGCUCACCCGCAUGAAGCAAGUCAACGCACAUAGCGGUAAACCGGGCUACUCGCAGCACUUCAAAGUCGACGAGCCAUUUGCGGACCGCCCGGCCCCCACCUUCUCCUUCAUCGGUGCCGCCCGAAUACCCCUUCGCCUCCUUACCAACCGCAUAUCCUCUACAAUCAACGUCCCAAUCCUGUGUCCGUACACCGCCGAAGCGAUCGGAUCUUGUCGGGUCGACUUUCGCCUUCCCACCCGCGCAGAGUCAACGUCUGGUCUAACCACCCCAGACUCGCUCGCUGGUCCUCUCCUGGAUCCGAUCGUUCCAGGAGAGAGGCUGACCAUAUCCCUCACGGUCGACGGCAUCCGGGGCCUAUCAUCAUCGGACUUCGCCUCCGUUCACGCUCAGACCCGCCUGACGAGUCUGCUGGGCGACAGCAUCGCCUCGGAGGACACCUUCGCCUCCAUGCCGGUCGACCUGAAUAAGUCCUCCCUCACCAGCCUGUCUCUCAGGAAGACCAUCUCAACCAUCAUUUCCCCGGCCAUCCUGCGUCAUCUACAAACGGAGACCGCCAGUAUCGACUUUUUCGCCACGGUUACGCCCGAGUACCUGGAUCGUCUGGAACGUUGGGACCGCCGGCGGGAGAUGUCCGCGCCCUCGUCCGUACCUGAUACACCGUCAAAACUCCGUCCAGAUGGCCGGCUGGGGAUGCGGCGGAACGAGACGGACUUUAUCGGCCCGGAACACCACGACAUACUCGCCUCGGUUGAGAUCCUCGAGAUGUCCAUGAGCGGUGAAUACGUCCCCGCUGAUGUCGUCGACGAUACAUUCCAGCUCCAUCAGGGCCUGCAGCGGCGAAUCGGGAUCAAGCUCCAUCAUACAUCCGGUCAUGCCCUACCUUGGACGCGGUUCAGUCACGUCAGCAUCAGCGAUAUCCGCGUCCUGGCUAAAGGCGUCGCCGAGAGCGUCAGCCAGCCUGAGGUGGAGCUGAAGAUAGCGGCGGAGCUGGACUUUGCGAAAGAUGGGACGUCAACCCUGGUCGGUACGGGAACGUGGGACACCGCCUCCCAUGAUGCGGUCCAGCUCAAUCGCAAGACAGCGACGGACCAGCAGAUCCUUGUUCGGCUCGUCCUCAUGGUCGAUGUCGAGAAUCUCGACGAGCCGGCUACACUCUCACUCGACCUCCCCAUCCGGGUUCUCGAUCGGGAUGCCCGCCGGUCCAGCUUUAAGUUCUGGUCAACCGCCAAAGCCUACCCCUCCCUCACUGCCAUCUUUGUCAUCUGCCUAACUCCACCUCUCGCUCAAUCGGCCUCAGACCUCUGGCGUCUGGACACCGCGCGGAAGCAUGUCCCCGGCGAAGAGGUGCUGGCGGACUGGAAGCCGAGGAGUCUGAGCUUGCUGGAAGAUCACGAGAGGCUCAAGGGGACGGCGAGGCGGAUGGGAGAUGUUCAGGCUACUAAGGCUGUUCUGGAACAGGUUGGCGAAGUGGGUCUGAAAUCAGAGGAGAGAGAUGAGGCGGAGCAGGAAGCGAUGCUGAGGAGAUGUGUCGGGCUGUGGGAGGUGGCGAUGCAGCAGCGUGUACAGAUUGACCUCAAGCGCGAUAGCCCGGAGGAAACGGAAGUCGCACGCAAGCUGAGGAAGCUCCUCCCUGAUCUGCAGACCAAGCUGGUCCCAAGUAUCACUAGAAUACCCAAAUCGGACAGCUGUAUCAAGGCGGGCAUGCUCAUGAUUCUGCGGGACUCUCAGACCAAUUCCUGGGACAAGUUGACGUUCGCUCUGCGAAGGCCCUAUCUGUACAUCCACCCCUCGACCGCACAUCGCGAAAUCCAGAUCAUCAACCUCACCCAGGCCCGAGCGGUACCCAGCCCGGACGUCGAGCAACUACUUGAGCGCCGCUUCGCGUUCACCAUCUUUACCCCGACCAAUUCGUUCAUCCUCCAAGCCCCGAAUCAGAAGGAGAUGAGCGAGUGGAUAUCCGUCAUUUCGGCCACAAGUGAAGCAUGA